GAAAUAGUGGGUCUGCAUUACAUAAUCUCUCAUCGAUGGUGUAAUCCUUCUCCUUUUUACAGCUUUACUUCGGUAACGUACUUUAUACAUUAUCAAUGGGUCCAAACAGGAUUUACAUCAGUGUAGGAUAUGCCACGUUCGGGAUGCUGGUGGGGUUUUCGGCGUUCAUCGUGUGGAAUGUGGUUUAUAAACAGCCCUGGACGGCGGCGAUGGGCGGAUUAUCAGGAGUCCUGGCACUCUGGGCUUUGGUCACCCACAUCAUGUACAUUCAGGACUACUGGCGCACAUGGCUAAAGGGACUCAAGUUCUUCAUGUUUGUCAGCUCGGUCUUCUCACUCCUAGCUGUUGCUGCUUUCGCCACUUUUAUAACUCUAUCGGUUAUAGAAAAGCAGUCAUUAUCUGACCCCAAAAGCUUCUACCUGUCAGCCGUGUGGAGUUUCAUGACUCUGAAAUGGGCUUUUCUGCUAGGCCUGUACUCCUACCGCUACCGCCAGGAGUUUGCUGACAUCAGCAUCCUCAGUGACUUUUGAUUGGCUCCUUCAGCUCUUAUGGAUUUGUAGUUGCCAGUCGGUGGCUUCACCUGCCAACAUGGAGAAGGUGGAAGGAUGGAUGGAUGGUUUUCCUUUUUUAAAUACCGUCUAACGGCCUCUUUCUUUCACAGAAAAGACUCAAAUCUCAUCCCCUCCUUCCCUCAGAUUCAGGCCCUGUAGUAAGAAGUCAGUGAACAUCAGCCUCUUUUCUUGUCGCUUUGAGUUGAUAAGGGGUUUUCUACUGAUGCUGGAUGAAGGUAUGUCAGUGUUUGAAUGCAAGUGGAUACACUAAUAUAUGGACACAGGAUGUUGUUACUUUACUCAGGGCAACUUCUUUCCAAAAUGUCAGAUGUGAAAUGAAGGCUCUCCUUCACUGUCAACAUGUGCAAAUACUGUAUUCUUUGGAAACAGCUUGUUAUUGGACUAGUUCUCUUUAAAAUGAUGCUUUUGAAGCUUUGAAGGGUGGAUAUUAGUAUCUCAGAGCAGUGGCUAGACUUUGUGGUCGGUUGACAGCUGGACCAUACAAUCAAUUCAGACACAGCAUUGGUAUUUGUAGGAAAUAAUAUAGUAAACACUGCAUUGUAAACACAUGUACGAAGUGAGUAAGAAGUAAUAAGAUCCUGGUGGAUGAGGGCAUUGCCUUUCACUAGGGAUGGGCGAUACCAAUUAUUUUCUUUUUGAUCCAAUACCAAGUAUUUCAAGACAAGUAUCGUCAAUAUCAAUAUUCAUUCAUUUUCUUUUCGGCUUAGUCCCUUUAUUAAUCUGGGGUCGCCACAGCGGAAUGAACUGCCAACUUAUCCAGCACACGUUUUACGCAGCGGAUGCCCUUCCAGCCGCAAUCCAUCACUGGGAAACACCCACACAUUCCCAUUCACACACAUACAAUACGGGUAAUUUAGCUUACCCAGUUCACCUAUACAAUGUCUUUGGACUUGUGGGGGAAACCGGAGCACCCGGAGGAAAACUCACAUGGGGAGAACAUGGAAACCCAACACAGUAAUGCCAACUGACCCAGCCGAGGCUCGAACCAACGACCUUUUUGCUGUGAGGUGAUCGUGCUACUCACUGCGCCACCGUGAUGCCCAAUAUCAAUAUUGAUACUUCAAAUAAAUAUUUUAUAGUGAUUUUAUAAUGUUUUUUAAAAUCACCUUCAGUAUCAUUAUUAAAUAAAAUAGACAUAAUUCCUUUUUUCAUUUAUUGACAUUACAAAACGUUAUUAAUUAAUCAAAAAUUUGCUAUAUAACACCAUAUAUAACAAAAAAAAUAACACAUUGCACAAACUGUUUAAUUAAAAAAAUAUUUUUAUACAUUUCUUCCCUUUAACUUUUUUUAAUGAAACAAAUGACUGUUGACACUCCUUUCGGGCCUGUUUUUCUUUGAUCAGUGGCGUAUGGUUUUGUGACAACUAUCACACAAAGCCUCGUCAUUAUUAACUGGAGUAAAAUAACUCCAGAUUAUAUUUCUAUUUCAUUCAGUCAUAAUGGCCGCAGCCCCGUGCUCGAGUUUUAAAAUCUGCACUGGGUGUGUGUAUUGUGCUUUGAGAGUGUGAGGCUGUGAGCAAACACUGACCCGUUAGCGGAGAUACGGCUGAAGAAUAUUAUAGUUCCCAUUCCUGUUUCUAAUUUAGAAAAUAUUUAUAUACUAUGUGGCACUAUCAUUAUUACUAUUAUUAAGAUAUUUAAAUCAGUGAUCACACAUUAAUAAAAAAAAGCAUGGAAAGGAUCGAUACUUCUAUCUAAGAAUCAAUCUUUUUGAUACAUUGCCAGUAUCGAAAAUAUCGAUACUUUAGGAUCGAGCUGCUCACCCCUAUAUCUUUCAUUACACUCUACUCUCAAAGUUUUCAAAUAAUGUUAUCACAUCACCAUCAUCACAUCACCAUUUGAGACUAGAUGUCUUGUAGCUGUUACUGAUGGCUGCCUUCAAAAUGUGGCAAAUGUUUUAAUGAGACAUUUGUUAAAAAGAAAAAGAAAAGGAGUAAUAUUUGUUAAUAGUCUCUUGUACUAUUCAGCAGAGACCACUAUAGAACAACCAAAUAUUAUGCAGACACGUAAAGGGAUAGUUCACCCAAAUAUGAAAAUUGCCUCAUAGUUUAUUUUCCCUCAUGUUUUUUUUUAAUAAUUAUUUUUUGGGGUUUUUUACCUUUAUUGGAAAGGACAGUAGAGAGUAUUGACAGGAAAGCGAGGGUAGCAGAGAGAGGGGAAGGAUCGGCAUAGGAUCGCGAGGCGGAAUCAAACUCGGGUCGCCGUGAGCACUGGAGUGCAUGUGUCGACACACUAACCACUACACCACUGGUGCCGACCCCUCAUGUGGUUUUAAACCUUCAUGAGUUUCCUUCUUUUGUUGAACACAAAAGAAGAUAUUUUGAAGAAUGUUGGUUGCUGGGACCCAUCGCCUUCCAUAGUGGAAGUCAAUGGCUGUCAGAAACCAAAUACUUUGAAACAGUGACCGAUUUUGCAAAGCAAUUAGUUGGAAGCUUUAAAAAGCUUAACUCCUCCAAUCACUAGUAAUUGUAGCAAAGUAAACUUCAGUGUGACUAUGAAUUUUACCUCAAGAACUGUGUUCCACAAACACAAGGUGUAAAAAUAAGUAUAUGUGAUUUAUCUAUGUUUUGCUCUGAACAAAUACAUGGACCAUAACCUGCAUAUCUACUGUCCACAAAUUCUUGGCAUUGUUUGGUGUCUCACUGAAAUAAUCCCUGAAGUUGAGACCUUUUUGCAGUUUUAUUUUUGGCUCAUUUUUGACCAUUUUCUAUUUCAUCUAAAAUUCAAUAAUGCUGUUUUGUUUGUUAUUCAAUGUACUCUAUUCACCUUAUUCUUUGCCGACGAGCGGGUGCAGCCAUUUGAAUCUUUUUGGCUUGAGACUUCCGGUCUAAUUCACUUCCAUUCAUUUUUAGACAUUAAAAACUCCUCGUUACGCUGCUUGAUGUUGCAAACUGAUAUUUUCUUAAUAUAUUAUUCUACUUGGUCAGUAUGGUAAUGCAAACAUUUGUUUGUAGAGCAAGUAGUUUGACCGUUUUCUGCCAUUUAUUAAUCCUAGUCAUUUCUCCCAUAGGGGACCUAAUCGGAAGUUCUAAAACAAUUGCGAAAACAGGCGCACUUCCGCAUUUUAGAAUAAGAUCAAUACUUUGAGUGUCAGCACUGAGGUCCACUUGCUUUCUGGCCUGUCCACUGUUUCAGAAGGAUAGUAUCCAUGCUAAACUUUAAAUGUCCAAGUUAAAAAUAUGCAUUCUUAGGGUAUUAGUAUAGAUCAUUUCAAUGUGGUCAUGUCAUUGGCCCAUGAACAUUUCCUGCUUAUCAAACUAUUUCAUAACUGUAUGGUUAACUGUAUCAUAACUUAAUGUUAAAACAGCUAGCAUAAAAUUAUUUAUUAAUAUGGGACUCUUUUUGGAUUGUCGGAUGCUAUAGAAAUUAAAAAUGUAAAACAGGAAACGCUUUGGGACCAUUGCUUUUGUUUACAUCCCUCAAAAUGGUCUAUAAAGUCUUUAGGGUUGAAAACCCAAACCUGCUGCUUUGCUGGGAAUGCACUAGUAGCAAGUUGUUUUCACUAUAAAGGUACAAUAUUUGCACAUUUUAUCUGAACGAGAGUAUGAUGAAGGACUUGAAGGAUGAUCUGACUUUGAUUUAAUGUUGGAUUUAUUGAUUUGGUUUGCCAUUAUUUUCAGACAUAGUGUUCAUCAUUGUUUGCCAUAUGUUGUUGUGUUUAACGUGUUGUUUAUAUUGAGAUUUAUUUAUGAAUAGUAGUUGAGGAUUAUCCACGGCUGUGUUUGGAACUGCAUACAAGGAUUUCUGCUGUAUGUACACUUACGUUCAGAAGUUUGGGGUCGAUGUUUUAGAAAAAAAACUACUUACUGUGUUUAUUUGUUCCAAAAUACAGAAUUCAAAGUAGCUGUUUUCUAUGUUAAUAUGCUUUUUAAAUGUAAUUUAUUCCUGUGAUGGCAAAGCUGAAUUUUCAGUAGUCAUUCAGUCAGUUUUCAUUAUCACGCAGUAAUUUGAUGUUUAAGUAACAUUUAUUUUUGUCAUCGAUGUUGAUAAUCCUGUAUUGUGAAACUUGGGAAGUUCAACAGAAUUCCAAAAAAUUUAUAAAUGUAAAAUAUUUACUACAUUUUGAUCGUAUUUUUUAAACUACUGAGUCAGUAGUUUAAAAAUACGAUCAAAAUGUAGUAAAUGUAGUAAAAAGUACUGACCCCAUUCUUUUGAAUGUAUGCAUUUGCCAACUAAGCACGCUACACAUAACACUAUAUCCCACAAUGCAGUGCGUCACUUUUUAACAUCUUUCUUGACUCGUUAUUUAAUCACAUUUAUAAAUGCCAUGCAAACAUACAACGUGCGUUAUUACUCACUGUAGAAAUUUAAGGCUUGUUUUGCAUACUAUGCUUAUAGGCAUAGUAAAUAUUCGGCAGUAUCACUAGUAUACUGUUCCGAAAGGUACCCAUGAUGCAUUAUUUGUGUGCAGUUCCUCUGUUUGCCACUAGCUGGCGUGGUGGAGCAAUUGAAUGGUGAUCCGUCAUCAACAGAUCACAAUGUUAUGUAUAAGCACUAAAGUACACAGAAUUAACCAUAUUGUUUAAUGCUUAUUAUCUGUCAUUUUAAGUGUAAAUUUUGUUCAGAAUGUUCUACCAGACAAAACAAGCAUGUGUUUAUGUUUUCAGAGUCAUUUAGUCCAUUGUGUUGAAAGUCUGAUGCUUAAGUAUGUUUUCUGACAAUUUGCUGGUGUUGAAGGAGUAGUUUCCCACAAGAAUACACCAUUCACCAUCACGCCAUUUACAUUCAAAGAAAUUAUUUUUGACAACGGGUUUGGAACAACGUUGUACAUGAUAAAAGGUGAGAAAAUGAACAAAACAUUACUUUUUUUGUAGCCAAAAAGUAACAAAAACGGACUACUUUGCACUAGGUCUCUGAGAUACGUUACAUUAUUUGUAUCAAUUCUUUAAAAGAGUUUUACCAACAUUUGACUCAUAGGUCAUAGCAUGUAUGUAAAGCAGUUUUGUACUGUUUGCUUAACCAGCUGUAUUCAGAUUCAUCGUUGAUUAGAGUUCUACUACCUGCAGUUUAAAACUUUGCACAUUACUUGUUAUAUUUCAACGUUUGAAGGGGAUUAAAGUGAGAUUAAAGUUGAAUUUAUCCCACAAA